GCUCAGCCGCUUGCCCCGCUGCCCGCUCCCCGCCGCCUGCGUGGGGCAGCGCCGGCACUAUGCUGACAAGCGGAUUAAGGUGGCCAACCCAGUGGUGGAGAUGGAUGGGGACGAGAUGACGAGGAUCAUCUGGGCCUUCAUCAAGGAGAAGCUCAUCCUGCCCAAUGUGGAUGUCCAGCUGAAGUACUUUGACCUGGGGCUGCCGCACCGGGACAAGACAGACGACCAGGUCACCAUUGACUCGGCACUGGCCACCCAGAAGUACAGCGUGGCUGUCAAGUGUGCCACCAUUACGCCCGACGAAGCCAGGGUGGAAGAGUUCAAGCUGAAGAAGAUGUGGAAGAGCCCCAAUGGCACCAUUCGAAACAUCCUGGGGGGGACAGUGUUCCGGGAGCCCAUCAUCUGCAAGAACAUCCCCCGCCUGGUGCCCGGCUGGACCAAGCCCAUCACUAUCGGCCGCCAUGCCCAUGGCGACCAGUACAAAGCCACUGACUUUGUGGUGAGCAAGUCUGGGACCUUCAAGAUGGUCUUCACGCCAAAGGAUGGCAGCGGGACCAAGGAGUGGGAGGUUUUCAACUUCCCUGGUGGCGGCGUGGGCAUGGGCAUGUACAACACAGACGAGUCCAUCUCGGGCUUUGCGCACAGCUGCUUCCAGUAUGCCAUCCAGAAGAAGUGGCCACUCUACCUGAGCACCAAGAACACCAUCCUCAAGGCCUACGACGGGCGCUUCAAGGACAUCUUCCAGGAGAUCUUUGAUAAGCACUACAAGACGGAGUUUGACAAGCUGAAGAUCUGGUACGAGCACCGUCUCAUCGACGACAUGGUCGCCCAGAUGCUGAAAUCCUCUGGUGGCUUUGUCUGGGCCUGCAAGAACUAUGACGGGGAUGUCCAGUCAGACAUCCUGGCCCAAGGGUUUGGCUCCCUGGGGUUGAUGACCUCCGUCCUGGUGUGUCCAGACGGAAAGACCAUCGAGGCUGAGGCCGCCCACGGCACUGUCACCCGCCACUACCGGGAGCACCAGAAGGGACGACCCACCAGCACCAACCCCAUUGCCAGCAUCUUUGCCUGGACGCGUGGCCUGGAGCACCGGGGCAAGCUGGACAGUAACCCUGACCUCAUCAAGUUUGCACAGACGCUGGAGAAGGUCUGUGUGGACACUGUGGAGAGCGGAACGAUGACCAAGGACCUCGCCGGCUGCAUCCACGGCCUUGCCAAUGUGAAGCUGAACGAGCACUUUGUGAACACUACAGACUUCCUCGACGCCAUCAAGAACAACCUGGACAAGGCCCUGGGCAAGAAGUAGGGGGCAGGGGGGCCCUGCUGUUCCCAGGAUGGACGGGGCAGGGAGGGGCCCAGUGCUACCCCCAGCAACCUGACAUGCCUCAGGAACAGAUGAAUCAUUUUUAUAAGCAGUUUUCUUACGAGUGUUUUUAAAGCCUUUGUAGCAGGAGUUGUAGGGCUGGGGGGUCUGUCCUGCACUGAUUCAUGUAUUCCAUAACUCUGUGGUGCCAUUAAACACCUCCCCAGCCAUGGCA